AUGGAUAAAGUGAUACAUAACCAAAAUCCUUCACAAUUUUUUACUUGGCAGGGAUGGCACAAUUACAGCAUUCUAAAGGAUCUAUUAGGUGACGGAAUAUUCUCCGUCGAUGGUGAUAAGUGGCGAGAGCAGAGAAAGUUGUCGAGCUAUGAAUUCUCCACGAGGGUCCUAAGGGAUUUUAGUAGUGUCGUAUUUAAACAAAAUGUCGUAAAGCUUGCUAAUAUAAUUUCCGGAUCCGCAAUUUCCAACAAACCAAUCGAUAUCCAAGACCUUUUCAUGAAAGCAACUUUAGAUUCGAUAUUUAGAGUUGCGUUUGGAGUGGAGUUAGACACAAUGUGCGGGUCGAGCGAGGAGGGUUGCAAAUUUAGUGACGCUUUUGAUGAUGCGAGCGCAAUGACUUUGUGGAGAUACGUGGAUAUCUCGUGGAAGAUAAAGAGGGCUUUCAAUGUCGGCUCGGAGGCGAAGUUGAAGAAAAGUUUGAGAGUGGUGGAUGAUUUUGUGUAUAAAUUGAUCUCUAGUAAGAGCGAGAAGAUGCACGAAUCACAUGCCGAUCCAUCGCUUCAGUGGAAAAAAGAAGACAUAUUGUCGAGAUUUUUGCAGUUCGACGAGAUCAAUCCAAAGUACUUACGGGAUAUAAUAUUGAACUUCAUAAUUGCUGGGAAGGACACAACGGCAACCACUCUCUCGUGGUAUAUUUACAUGCUUUGCAAGCAUCCGCUUGUACAGGAAAAAGUGGCGAAAGAAAUCGAAGAUGCUACAAACUCGAACGAUGCGGUUAUCAAUAUUUUUGAAUUUAUUGCUAAAUUUUUUAGCGAAGAAUCUAUGGAGAAAAUGCAUUACCUUCACGCGUCACUUACCGAAACUCUGAGGCUCUAUCCUGCAGUUCCAGUGGAUGCGAAAAUAUGUUUUUCGGAUGACACAAUGCCCGAUGGAUUUAGUGUGAAGAAAGGUGAUAUGGUGUCGUAUCAACCAUAUGCAAUGGGAAGAAUGAAGUUCAUAUGGGGCGAAGAUGCGGAGAAAUAUAACCCAGAAAGAUGGCUCGACGAAAACGGUUUAUUUCACCUCGAGAGCCCCUUCAAAUUCACAGCUUUUCAGGCGGGCCCGCGAAUUUGUUUGGGGAGGGAAUUUGCUUACAGGCAGAUGAAGAUAUUUUCAGCUGUCCUCCUGAGAUUCUUUACCUUCAAAUUAAGUGAAGAAGAGAAGAUAGUGAAGUACAGAACAAUGAUCAAUCUUCACAUCGACGGAGGGCUGUGUUAUUGCCGUACACAGAUUAUGUAAGAAAUCGAUAAUAUAGAACUAAGGCUGCAUUUAGUAACCGUAUCUACUAUGUGAAAAGUGUGAGUUUUC